GGUCGCGCUUCCGUACUACCGCAGCCUGGAAGGUCCAGAUCGAUCUAUUGUCUGGUUCCCACCAUGGAUACAUCGAAGGCGACGAACGUUUCGAACAUCGAAGGCGACGACGACCAAGAUGAAGAACCCGGGGAAGUGAUCGAAUCGGCGCCCCCUCUCAAGGUCGGUGAAGAGCGGGAGCUUAGUAGCUCCGGCAUCAAGAAGAAGCUCCUCAAGCAAGGCCAAGGAUGGGAGACCCCUGAGCUCGGCGAUGAAGUCAUUGUUCAUUAUGUUGGUACUUUACUUGAUGGUACAACGUUCGAAUCCACUAGACAAAGAGAUGAGCCCACAACUAUAAAGCUUGGUCAAGGUCAAGUGGUUAGUGGACUGGACCAUGGAAUAAUUACAAUGAAGAAGGGGGAGACCGCGUUGUUCACAUUGCCUCCUGAAUUAGCCUACGGAGAUGCGGGCAACGACAUCAUUCCGCCCUUUUCGGUCGUUCGGUUUGAAGUCCAACUUGUCUCAUGGAUCACGGUGGUGGAUGUUAGAAAAGACGGCGGAAUUAUCAAGAAAAUAAUGGAGAAGGGAGAGGGGAACGAGGGACCCGGUGAUUUGGACGAAGUUCUCGUGAAGUACCGAGUGGCGCUGGAUGAUGGUACUAUUGUUGCAGAAACACCUGAAGAAGGAGUUGAAUUUUAUGUGAAAGAUGGUCAUCUUUGUCCAGCAUUGCCAGAAGCAAUAAAGACAAUGAAAAGAGGAGAGAAGGUCAAAUUAGUUGUUCAACCUCAGUAUGCCUCUGUAGAGGAGGGGAGGGAUGCAAGCAAUGGGGUUCAUAUGAUCCCCCAUAGUUCUUUGCUGAACAUUGAUAUUGAGUUGGUAUCUUUCAAGCCAGUUAUUGAUGUUACUGGUGAUUUUAAAGUACUUAAGAAGAUUUUAAAAGAAGGUGAAGGUGAUCUCGUUGCUAAUGAAGGCGCAACUGUUACUAUUAGCUAUAUAGCUAGGCUAGAAGAUGGGACCGUAUUUGAGAAGAAAGGAAUUGAUGGAGAGAAGCCUUUGGAAUUUAUAACUGAUGAAGAACAAGUGAUCUCUGGUUUCGACCGAGCAGUGGCAACAAUGAAGAAGGGAGAGCGAGCAAUAUUGACUAUACAUCCUGAUUUUGGAUUUGGAAGCAGUGAAGUAAGGCAGGAUCUUGCUGUAGUUCCACCAGCUUCAAAUGUAGUGUAUGAAGUUGAAGUAUUAGAACUUAUGAAGGAAAAAGCACAAUGGGAAAUGAGUAACAGGGAGAAGAUUGAGGCAGCUAGGAGAAGGAAAGAAGAAGGCAAUCUACUGUUUCAAAAUGGGAAGUAUCAUCGAGCAGGGAAAAAAUAUGACAAGGCUGCAGAGUACAUUAGUGACGAUGAAUCCUUUGGGGAUGAUGAGCAAAAGCUUGCUAAACAAUUGCGAGUGUCUUGCUGGUUGAAUGGUGCAGCAUGUAGCCUCAAACUAAAUGACUUUCAAGGAGCAAUCAUGUUAUCUUCCAAGGUGCUAGAUGUUGAGUCCCACAACGUGAAAGCUUUGUAUAGGCGGGCACAAGCCUAUAUGGAAACUGAAGAUUUGUUCGCUGCUGAAUUAGACAUCAAGAGAGCUCUUGGGACUGAUCCUCAGAACAGGGAGGUAAAGUUGAUUCAGAAGAAUUUGAAACAACUUCAAGCUGACAGCAACAAGAGAGACUCGAAGCUCUAUAAAAACAUGUUUGCACGAAUGACAAGGGACACGCCAGUGGCGACAAAGAAAAUGAAAGUUGAGAAAGUGGAGGAAGAAGAAGAGGUGAUGGAAAUGGAAACGGAGAAAGUUGCUGAGAAUUCAGACCCUCCGUGCGUGAACUCACCCACCAUCUUCACAUUGUCACAUGAGCCUCAAGCAGCAGUAGAAUCGUUUGUGGCAUUUUCAAUUCACAAUAGCAUACCAAAACCUGGUUAUAUGAAUUAAUUAAAACAUUGUGGAUCAAACUUGGUUAUAUGAAUAACUUUGAACAAGCGAAAACAUACAAUAA